GUUUGGUCACCCACAAUUCCAUCAAAACUUUCCCUACUUUUCUUCCCUUUUUCCUCCCUCUCAACCUCCAUUUCCUCUUUUAAAAGCUCCCACAUAAUUAUCAUCCCAAUAUGUGUCGUGGAUUACUCGGUCGUCGUCCUUGUUGCCUUUCCCUUCUUACGUUUCUCUUUGUCGUCGUUGUCAACUUUGACACUUUCUCGACGUGCUUUGGCUCGUAUCCUGAUGUUGAUAAUCCUCUACCGUCAAUUAGCAGUGGUGAUAAAGAAGACUAUGGUCAACAUUAUUAUGAACACUCCUCCUCUGAAUUCUCCAGCAUGUUGAGGACAAGGUUAGAGAAGAUGGUGUCGUCCCCUUUGGCAUCACCGGAGAUAUUCAACGUUGAUGAUUACGGAGCAAUGGGUGACGGAGAAGACGAUACUGAGGCGUUUAAAGAAACAUGGAAGGACGCAUGUUCAUCUACAAAUGCCAUUUUUUUGGUUCCUUGUGAUAGAGUUUAUCAUCUUAAGCCAAUCACCUUCUCUGGUCCUUGUAACUCUCCUCUUCUAUUUCAGAUCGAAGGGACAAUAAAGGCAUCCCCACAUAUAUCAGAUUAUGAGAAAGACAGAAGGCAUUGGAUUAUAUUUCAAAAUUUGUUAGGUCUUAGAGUGGAAGGUAAAGGCAUUAUUAAUGGAAAUGGAAGGAAAUGGUGGUUAAAUUCCUGCAAAGUCAAUAAAACUCUUCCUUGCAAGGAAGCUCCAACAGCUGUUACUUUCUAUCAAUGUACCAAUCUGAGAGUGGAAGGGCUGAGGUUCAGAAAUGCACAACAGAUGCAUCUUUCUUUCCAGAGAUGCAACAAUGUCAAAGCUCUAAAUCUCUGGAUAUAUGCACCAGGAAACAGCCCCAACACUGAUGGCAUCCAUGUCACAGGCACUCAAUUCAUUGUCAUCAAGAACUGUCUUAUAAUGACUGGUGAUGACUGCAUUUCAAUCGUAAGUGGAUCGAAAAAUGUCCGAGCAAAGGGCAUCACUUGUGGACCAGGUCAUGGAAUUAGUAUUGGAAGCUUGGGAGCUGGAAAAUCUGAAGCAGAGGUUUCUAAUGUGGUGGUUGAUACAGCAAAAUUUUCAGGAACGUCAAAUGGAGUGAGAAUUAAAACUUGGCAGGGAGGAAAAGGGUAUGCACAAAACAUAAUAUUCCAGAACAUUGUGAUGGACAAUGUGACCAACCCAAUAAUCAUAAAUCAAAACUACUGUGACCAGAAAGAACCAUGCACACAACAGGCAGACGCAGUAGCGGUGAGUAACGUAAUGUACCAGAACAUCAGAGGCACAAGCGCUUCAGAAGUGGCUGUGAAAUUCGAUUGCAGCAAAAGCGUCCCAUGUCAGGGGAUUCUUCUACAAGAUAUCAAUCUGGUUCACAAAGGAAAAAAUGACGACAAAUCGGCCCAAGCCGAAGCUUCCUGUAAAAAUGUCAAGUGGAAGAACAGAGGAAGGGUUUCUCCACAGUGCGGAGGAGGAUGAAGAAGAGAAAUGGGGGAUCCGAUUUUUGCAAAUGCUUGAUUGGGUCAUUGUAUAUUCAAAAUAAUUUACACUUUUCUUAGACAAAAUGGAUUAGUGGUUCGUUGUAUUCAAAUUAGAUAUAACUAUUUUUUCUCUUCUUUUGGGGAUAAACAUGUAAGAUAGGGUUAUUGUUUGGGGUUAUUAUAUGAUCCAUUGUAGCACUCAUUAAAUGGAGAUUUAAGAAUACAUGAAUAAAGUAUUUUUUUUAUAUGUA